AUGAUGAUACAUGUAUUAUUGCAUGACCCCAAGCAGAUAAUGACAAUUUUAACCUCAUUAAUAAUGAUCUUACAAUUAAUUGUUGUCUUUUAUACGUCAAUUACAAUUUUCAAAGCUUAUUCGAAAUAUGAACAUGAACCACUUGAUGUUAUACGUCAAUUACAAUUGUCAAAGCUUAUUCGCCUUAUUCUUUUCUUCACUCAAUUACUUCAUAUUCACAAUUCCUCUCACUCAACUAAAUCAAUCAACUACAUUGCCAUCAUCUCCUUGAUUACUUGCUUAUUAUCAUCCUCAUUUAAGGCUGAGCGCAGAAGAACGGUUCUUGUACAGUGUAGUGACGCAAUACAUGGGGCCUCUGCAUUACCUGUUGAUGUGGGGCAUCGCCUAUGUACUCAGACCUUGGGCUCCAUCAACACGUUGUUGAUGGAGGUCUUAAGUCAGAGGGGGUAUGAUUACCUAAUUCCCACCCGUCCCACUGCCAGUGAUGAUGACACGUUGCACACUCCUUCCACUAGAGGUUCUGGUCACAGAGGUAGUUCUUCACGAAGUUCUAGCAGAGGUUCAUCAAGAGGAUUCGGUUAUUCAUCUAGUCAAUGUCGACCCUUGAGAUCUCCAUCAUCAUCUACAAAUGCUAUAUCGCCAUUUGUUUCCCCAGGGCCUGUGUCCACUCAGCGACGAGAACCUGCUCUUGAUGACAUUACAGAGGCUGAUGAGUCCACACCGACCUCUACGACCAAUGUACGCAGCAAACGAGGUCGGAGAGUCUAGAUUACUUGACUUGGGAUGGUUAUUGUACAUAUUCAACUUAUGUAAUAUUUUGGAUGGUCGUUAUGUAAUAUAUAUGUGCUAUUUUCAUUAUUCAUGUGUACAUGUAAC